AUGCUGCUAAAAAUCCUUCAAUCCAUAGGACAACCUACCACCACUCCCAACAGAGAAUUAUAUGGCCCCAAAUGGCAACAGUGCCAUGGAUGGGAAAUCCUGGUGUGGAGCAAGCUGGGAACCAAAGACUUGGAGCCACUAAAGCACCUCCCCCCUCCUCACCCCCAACUCCUCCUCCAUCUGGAAGUGACCUUCAGGUCACUGAAUGAAGGUGGCUGCAGGCCAGAGACAAACUUGGCCCUCCGACGCCCCCUGCCCCCGCCCCGCCCCCGCGAAGGGGGCGGAGCGACGGCUGCGAGGGCUCCUCCCGCGGGCUUUGUGCGCGCCUGGAAUCCAGCUGUCGCCGCCCCUCGGAGCCCCCUGCCCCCGGCGGGCGCACAUUUCCGGGCCGCCCACCACCCCGACCGCGUCGGUAGCCGCUGCGCCUGCCUGCUCCGUGGCCGUUCCGCCCCAGUAGCCCCCGAAAUGCCGGUCGACUUCACCGGGUACUGGAAGAUGUUGGCCAACGAGAAUUUCGAGGAGUACCUGCGCGCUCUCGAUGUCAACGUGGCCUUGCGCAAAAUUGCCAACUUGCUGAAGCCAGACAAAGAGAUUGUGCAGGACGGCGACCAUAUGAUCAUCCGCACGCUGAGCACUUUCAGGAACUAUAUCAUGGACUUCCAGGUUGGGAAGGAGUUUGAGGAGGAUCUGACGGGCAUAGAUGACCGCAAGUGCAUGACCACGGUGAGCUGGGAUGGGGACAAGCUCGAGUGUGUGCAGAAGGGGGAAAAGGAGGGACGCGGCUGGACCCAAUGGAUUGAGGGUGACGAGCUGCACCUGGAGAUGAGAGUGCAGGGUGUGGUCUGCAAGCAAGUAUUCAAGAAAGUGCACUGAAGCCUGAGCAGACCUUGAUCUCGAAGAAUGAGUGGCAUGGACGUGUGGGCCAGGAUCCCCUUCUUUGCACAGCAUGGGGCAGAAAUGUCCAGCCACUCCUAGGCAUCUGUUAGCAGAGUCUCUCUCUUGGCUUUGUCUCUUUUCUUUUCCUUAAAACGAAGCCAUCCCAAUAAAAGUGAUUUCUGCUCAAUA